GGAGCACGAGGCGUCAAGGGAAGAAGGGAAGAUCCGAGGAGCCGCGCUCGAGGGUUUGACGGUCGCCAUGUCUAAGAAGAACAGCCUAGCGCGCCGGAAGAGGCAGCACGAAUUUGAGCUACAGAAAGAGAGAGAGGCAAAGGAGAAGAAGGACAAGAAGCUACAUGCGAAGAAAUCCAAGAUGAAGCUUGAUGGGGCUGAAAUGAAGAAGAAAAAGAAAGGUUCUGGUCGUUUUCCAGUUGGUAAGAAGAAAGUAAAGACAAAGCUAUCAGCACUUGCAAAGGCAAAAGCUGCACAAGCAAUGGAAAUUGACAAAUGAGAUCAGUAUCAAGGAUUGGCGACUCCAUUGUACCUCUUUCUGGUUAUAUGGGAAUUUUAUUGUCAGCGAUUCAGCUGUAAAUGCCUUAGUGUGUAACUGUUCAUGUGAGCGUCUCAGUGAUCAGGAACAUGAAGGUAUUUAACUGAUUUUGCGCACUCAAGCGCUUUGUCUUUA